UCCUAGGCCAGAGGAGUGUCCAUAAGGAGAGUUUCACCUUCUUGAAGAUUAAAGCCUAGCAGUUCUGAGCUAUUCCCAGUCCAAAUGUCUGCAAAAUUGAGAGAGACAUCAAAACUCCUUCCACAAACUUCAGGGGACCCUGACUGCAUUCUGGUAAUGAAGGUGGAAGAGGGAGGGCAGGCCUGUAAUAUGGUCUCCAGCUGCCACUGGAGCAGCUACUACAGCUCAGAGACCUACCGCCAGCAGUUCAGGCAGUUUGACUACCAGGAGUCACCUGGGCCCUGGGAGGCUCUGAGCCAGCUCCGCGAGCUGUGCUGUCAGUGGCUGAGGCCAGAGGUGCACAGCAAGGAGCAGAUCCUGGAGCUGCUGGUGCUGGAGCAGUUCCUGGCCAUGUUGCCUGAGGAGCUGCAGGCCUGGUUUCAAGAGAACCGACCAGAGAGUGGAGAGGAAGCCGUGGUGAUGCUGGAGGAGCUGGAGGAAGAGCAUGAGGCGGUGGCUGAACAGGUCUUUCUUGGACAAAAUGAGGACAUGCUUGCAAAGAAGCUACCAACUUGUGAAAUCACUCAGGAGACAACACGUAGCCAGCUUAAGCCCACAAAAAAGCAACUGCAGUGGGCAUCGAAGGAGCUUCACACCUUAAGACAAAAUGAUAGAGACACCGGAACUAUAAAUGUGAAAUCAGCUUCAAGGCGAAAGACUUCUUCAGGCAAAGAACUGCAUUACAAAGUUUCUAACACUCUUCAAAUGAAUGCUUCCCAGAGUUUCACAUUUAGAGGAACCUGUGAACAAGAUAGAAAGUUUGAAAGAAGACAGGGAAACCGUCCUCGAAAAAAACAACACAAGUGUGAUGAAUGUGGGAAAGUCUUUAGUCAGAGCUCAGCCCUUAAUCUACUUCAGAGGAUCCACAGUAGAGAGAAACCUUAUACAUGUGACGUGUGUGCAAAUACUUUCAGCCGAAGUGCAAUCCUGAUUCAACAUCGAAGAAUCCACACAGAUUCAAAAUAUGAGAAUAGGAUUGAGGAGACCCAAAAGAAUAUGUACCUCAAGACCUAAGCUGAAAUGUCCAGGAUCAUUGUUAGGAAGCAGGUGAGUAAAGGGACUUUACUCAUCUCUUACGAAAACCUGAGAACCUACAUACUGUUCUGUUUCAAUUUUUCAAAUUGAGGUAUAGUUGAUGUAUAAUAUCAUCUAUACAUACUGUUGAUGAUACUAAGUAAUUUCCUGUGUAGGAAAAAAAAAUAUCUCCUUUACAAUUUAUAUUGGAAAUAUCUCAGUGAAAGCAUUAAGAUU